AUGGGAUGCGGACAGAGCAAGAUCCAUCUCUACCCGAGGAAAAACAAAAGUAAAUCGAACGGAAAGAAAAGCGGCCAUAUAGAGGAUGCCGAAGCGGACGAAGAGGACGGACAGAACGGCCGGAGUGACGACCGGAGCGAACGGGGCGACCUCAACGGCGAAAAGGAGAAGCUGGACGAGGAACAUUCGCUGCGGGACGACGGUUCACCGGAACCGCCGAAUGGGGAAAUCGUGUCAAUACUCCGCAAAAAUGGAUCCCUGCUCCAGAGCCAGGAAAUAUCCUCCAGCCAACAGAACUUCUUCCGAAUGCUGGAUCAGAAGAUCGAAGAGGGCCCAGAUUAUGACUCGAGCAGUGAAACGGAACAAGCGCUGGAAGAGGCCCGCCUGAAUGCGCUGGUGCAGCACUGGGAGUCGGCCAGCUUGACCACGUCGAUGUGUUCUUCCACCAGUCGGUCCCUGCAGGGAACGCCGGUCCGACAGGUACCGCUCAGACAGCCUCCACUGAGGCCGCCGUUCCAGCAACCGCUCAGUGCCGAGCUGUUGUCCCAGCAGCAACUGCUGCUCAAGCAACAGCACCACCAUCUACACCAGCAGCAACAGCACCAACAGCAGCAGCAUCUACAGCAGCAGCAACAGCUGAUCCAACAUCAGCAACAGCAGCUGCACAACCUCCAGCAGCAGCAGCAGCAGCAGCAACACAAUCUGCAAACGGCACAAGGUUCACAACAGUCACAACAGUCACAACAGCAGCAGCAGCCUAUACUGCACCCGAACCUCAGCAUCGGCAUGAACAGUCCGAAGCGGAUAAUUGCCACGGGUAAUGCGGUCAGCGUCGGCGGCAUGCCACUCGGGGGCGAUGGUCCCAGCCAGCGGCAGCUGCUUUCGCAAUCGAUCAUCCAUCAGAACUAUGGUGUGAUACAGCCGUCCCAGACGACGCCUCAGCUGCGUCCAAGCUCAGGUCGCACACUACCCUCGCCGGUUCAGUGCUUGCAAAUGUCCUACUACCAGCAGCAACAACAGCAACAGCAACAAAGCCAACAGCAGCAACAACAGCAAGCCCAAUCCCUUAGCCAACAAUUCCAACAGCAGCAAUCGUUACCUCCACAUUCUACGACGUCCUACUACAAUGACAUUCUGCGACAUCCGAUGCAGCUUCCCCCAGUGACGCAGCUUCAACUUCAGCAGCAGCAGCAGCAGCAGCAGCAGCAACAGCAACAGAUGCAAUCCCAAGUCCAACCACAGCAGCCAAUGCCGGCGGGAAUCUCGAACGUUUCGUCCUCCGUAGCGGCCUCGCUCGCCUCGGCCUCGGUGGCGGUCGCCUCCGCCAGCGGUACGAGCGGUGGGACGAGUGGUGCCGUCGGUGGCCCACUGUCCAUGUCCUCCACCGAGCCCCGCUUCCCACCCGCCAUCGCCGUGCAGCGCCUAGCGCCCCAGGUCCAGCGGCAGCUGCGCGAAACCCAGGAGCUGAUCAAGGAUUCCUGCGUGCAGCUGUACGGAUCGGCGUACGGGACCGGGCCCGGCCCACCGACGACGGUACUGCCAACCGGGACCGGUUCGGUUCUGGCACGAGCCACUGCCCGCCGGCCAACGCUCGAGACACAGUAUUCGCAGGAACUUUCGUGAUAUCUAGACAAGUAGUGAAACAUUUCCUAUAAACGACCACGCGGCUAAGGUGCAGCGGAUACAACACGGGGCAGCGCGGGUGGUACGCCAACGCCAACAAACAUCCGAUCCACUGUGUUCCGCUUCGUGCUCCACACAAAGGUCCCGCUAGAUCACUCUUCCGGAGUAGGAGUGGUUUUAACCUUGCUUCGUGUGAUAACAAUUCAUACUCCCCUCAAUGUCGCUUCUGAAGCAAACUGAAGUCCCAGACUGUUCCAUCUCUCUAUUGCUGUGUGAUCCCGACGAACACAGGGAUGUGGUUUAGCACUAGCAAAAAAAAAAAAAGCUCCGGCACAAUCCGGAUAAGCAAGACGACUCUUUCAUCUUGUUUUCUUUUUGUUUGUUACUUGCAAACAGUCCAUUCCCGAUGCUCCACACAGUGUUCCACACUGACCACACAUGCUGACUUUUUGGCGUCCGUUCGAGCCAAUGUACAUAGUAACUGAAACUCUCACAACUUUCACUCCCGCGUUUUUAAGGAAGCAUCGGAACACACACACAACCCACAUUCACAAUCAAGGUGGUACACGCACCAAAGAACAUGAACAAAAUGGCCGAAAAACGGACAAAAAGUAUUCACUCGCAGAACUACAAAAAUCGACCCAGGCACAGAGAAGCACACACACACACAUUCAAAUAAAUUAUAGUCACCAUUAAUGAAUAGUAUAGAUGAGUAACGAAGCUGCUGUGUAACGGACACAAAAAGCACCGUAAAGGUAUGGAUACAGAAGGGAAGCGCGUAUAGCCAACACUUUACUGUAUCUAGCUUUCGGUCUUAUUUCUUCCCACCUUUCCCACAAACACACAGUCACAGUCACAGUCACACACAACAAACAAGAAUAGUAUAGCUUGAGGAGAAUAUUUAUCACCAUUAGUUCUGAAGGACGGUCUCGAAAGAAGCAAGCGCAUGUUAAACAGUAAAACAUGAUGUGGGUUAGUAGUAGUUAACCGCUUCUCAAAAUUUGCCCCGUCUCGAAAACAAGCAAGGACAAAAAGGAAAGGAUUAGACAUAAAACACGAAGCUGGCAAAACAAACAAAUCGGAUAUGAUGGUGAAGGAGGAGCGUGUAAAAGUACAGGAGAGAGAAGAGAACAAAAACAUUAUUAAAAACAUUAGCUAGUAUGGAGGAUGGUUUUAGGUUUUCGUUCGUAAAACAAGGUAACGAUAGCUUUUCCUUAUACUAAAGAAAGAGAAAAGGCGUGAACGUGUAUGAAAAAGUCAAGCAACAAACAAAUAAGCAAAAUAAGCCAAAACAAAUAGAAAUGAACAGUGGAAGUUAGUGGUAACACAUAUAAAAGAGCGCGUAAGAACAAACACAAACAGCAAAGAAAGAGACACGGAAACAUAUAACCAGAACAACUAAACAGAAACAGUGGACGCAACAAAACUACAAAAGAUGGACAAGGUGCAUACAUACGCACGCACACACAGAGAGAGAGAAUGAGAGACAGACACAGACAGAGUGGAUAGGUUUUGUGCCUGAUGAUUGGAUUUAUUUUAACGUUGAUUUACUUUAUACUGUUUAGUUACUUCCUACACUCUAAAAACAAUUGCAAAGGGCUGCGUAUGCGUAUAUGUAGCUAGAUUUUUAUGUUUAUUUUUUGUUUAAGUUUUAAAAGACGGUCGCAAGGAAGCAGGAAUUAGGAACUAAGAUAAGGAUUGCAUUACGGAGAAAGGGUGAGGGAACACAGAAAUCGUAUUUCAUAGCUAAUAUAUUGUGAAGCAAUCCUUAUUCCUUCUAUAAAAUUUUACUUGUUGACAUGCGUAUGAGAUUUAAUGGAUACAUUAAGGGAGAAACACACGCAGUGCGACUUGUUGACACUCGGCGAAUCCUUACCACUGAGUUAAAAACAAAACAAACUGAUUAGGUAACUGAAAGAG